AUGUCACUGGCAGGGUUCGCACUUGCUGGCGAAGGCCUCGCAAUCGGCUAUCAUGGUCGGCCAGAAAUGGCCGUUCUUCUUGAUUUUCAUGCUAGGGCUCGUCCUCCCGAGUGGUUUCCUCCUGCACCCGAGUGGGUUUCUUCCAUGACGAGGCGGGACUCAGAACCGGAGACGCAAAUCAUGAGGGGACCGGAGGCGCUUCGCCUGAAGAGAUUGCCGUCCAGGACCAUGACCUGCUCGGGAUCCAUCGGUUCGUUCAUCUCCUCGGCAUCGUCGACCCCGGGUUCGAGCGUGACGAUGGCCAUGCUUGUUUCGCCUAUGUCGAUGCUCGGCAUGCCGAUGCUUUCCACAGGUAUCACUCUGCGUAGGUCGAGGUGGAGGCGAGAGCGGCGAGCGCAUCGGCAGAGGAGUUAUCGCUUCGGGGGAUUUUUGUCAGGCGAAAGUGUCGAACUCUCGAGCCAAGACUUGAACCACUUUGAGAUAGGCGUCCAUCCUAUCGUUUUUGGCGACGUAUUCUCCGCUGAACUGGUUGGCGACGAGCUGGGAGUCGCAGUACGCUUGCAGUUUUUUGGCGCCGAUCUCCUUCGCCAGGCGCAUCCAGCGAUGAGGGCCUCGUACUCAGCUUCGUUGUUGGAUGCCGGGAAUGCCAGGCGGAACGAUUGUUCGAGGAUUUCGCCUGUCGGGGAUUCCAAUCGAAUGCCGAUCCCAGAGCCGUUCCUUGAGGAUGAACCGUCUACGUGCAGUGUCCAGCUUUCUCUUACGUUGGGGUCGGCGCCGAUCAUGUCCGGGGGGAGCUCGAUCAGGAAAUCGGCCAGGACCUGGGAUUUUUCGCACGUUCGGUUACGGUACUCGAUAUCGUACUCGCUCAACUCUACUGCCCACUUGGCGAUGCGGCCAGACUGCGUCGGGCUGUGCAAGAUCGGUCUUGCUGACAUAGAAGAUCGGCUUCUGAUCCCCUCUGUCCUCACGGAUGAGAACGCCGCUGACUGCCGAUCUGGACACCGAGAUGUACAGGUAGAGCGUCUCGCCGGGCUCGGGCUUUCGAAAGGACCGGGGGCGUGGAGAGGUAGAGCUUCAGUUCCUGGAAGGCCUCCUCGCACUUGGAGUCCCAUUCAAAGCGUUUGUUGCCUCGGAGCAGCUGGUAGAAAGGGGAGGCACUUAUCCGUCGAUCUCAAGAUGAAGCGAUUGAGCGCGGCGAUUCGGCCGGUCAGGCGUUGUACUUCGCGGGUGGUUUUUGGCGAGGGAGUUCCAGAACGCCGCUAUCUUCUUGGGGUUCGCUUCGAUACCUCUCUUCGUGACGAUGUAUCCAAGGAACUCUCCCGAGGUGACUGCGAAGGUGCACUUGGUCGGGUUCAACUUCAUCGUGCUCGUUGA